AUGGUCCUACAGCACCAAAUUUGGCAGAUGCUUAGAAUUCGGAGAUCACAGGGAACAACAAGCAGCCUUCCUAUGCAUCGUGCGGAGUCUCGGAAGAGUAACAACUUUCUAUGUCCAUGGUUGGGGAAACUUUUCCAAGGUGUCUUGAAGAAACUGAAAAUAAACACUCUUUCACCUCUGGAUAGAAGUGAUUUCCAGAGUAGGGACGAUACGCGAGCAUUAACAUCGACUUCGGAGCGAAUAUCAUCAGACGUGCAUCAGGAAAGCAGCCUUACCGAAUACCACCGCAGUGACUGCACUGGGCCAGACGACCUGCUCUACAUAAGUAGAGUUGACCGCUGCUCGGAGAGAGAAAUCGUCGUAGAUUGCGAAGCUUUGAACAAUAGGAUGAGGAAUACUGUCUUCAAUGUAACCGAUCAGUGGACAAGAUUUUCUGUCCGUGAAACUGGCGGAUCGGCUAUACAACUUCGACCCGAGGAUCACGAGACCCUGAGAUCCAUUCUGGGAGAAACGCUCUACAACUUGAUCAAGAGCUUCGGAGAAUCACGUUCGACGCUGGACGAAAUCGAGGACCAUGUCACUGAUGCCCUCCAGACAUUUAUUACGUACUCCGCACACCAGAUCAUUUCUGACACGUUCUGCCCCGUUAUGAAUGAAUACAGCAAUGCCACAAAUCAGAGGCUUUUCACGUGCAUGAUUAUGCAUGAACGCCAGCCAGUUGCACUUCAUUGGCGGGCUUUGGGAUACGUGCAUGCGGUGAAGAGCGCACCGAACGGACCGACUUACGCAACUAGAGAAUUCCUUUCAGCAUUUCAAUCGAAGUUGGAACACUAUUUUCAAGGCAUAUUCCUCCUUGUUGGCGAAAGUACAACAUCGCCAUUUCUACCCAGAGUAUCGCAGAUGCUUUCAAAAUGUGGGGUCAUCGAAGCAGCAAUCGAACUCGCUGGAAAACUCAAAACAAGCAUCUUUUCGACUUACAUCGACACGUACUGGGUGAUGCCAAAGCUCGUCUUCGAUGAAAAUGUGAUGGAAAAAGCCGCCCACAUUGAAACGUCAAUAGCCUCCCACCAGACACUGGUAACAUGUACUCUGGAGUUAGGUAUCCGAGAAAUUGUCGCAGUCAGGGCCGAGACACAAGACCGAAUUGGCCGGAUCUUGUUGAAACCAAAGGUGCUAGUCGAAGUAAGCGGUUCAUUUGCAAGUUCGUUUAUAAUACGAGCUAAUCCCCAAUAG